AUGGAAGCUGAAGGAUCAUCAUCAUUGCUGCUACUCAAAGAAGAGAAGGAGGAUCUGGAGGAGGGUCCAAAUGAAAACACAGGGGAAGGCUCUUCGUUUGCAGACCCCUUCUUGGAAGUCAAGGCAGAACCAGAAUUUUUUGACUAUGGUGAAUUUGAUGUGAACUGUUCUUCCCAACCUAAUAUUAAGUGUGAAAAUGACAGCUCUCCAAGCUGUGAUGAUGAGAGCGGAAAGGAAAAGAUCUGUAUUGGAGGAGAAAAUGAACAUUUGGGUAGAAGAAGUAAAACGGCAAGGAAGCGAUUAACUUGUACUGAAUGCCAAAGGACAUUUUCAAAAAUUUACGGGCUGAAAUGCCACAUGAGAACUCAUACGGGAGAGAAACCAUAUACUUGCUCUACAUGUCAAAGAAGUUUUUCUCAUAAAUGUUAUUUGAAAAAACACAUGAGAACUCAUAUGGGAGAGAAACCAUAUAUUUCUGGUUCAAGUACUCUCAAACGUCACAUGAGAACUCAUACAGGAGAGAAACCUAUACUUGCUCUGUAUGCCAAAAAGUUUUUUCUAAAUCAAGUGAUCUCAAAAUUCACAUGA